GCGGGUAGCUGCUGGCAGGGUGACCGACGGCGAGCGGGGCAAGAUGGCGGCGGCCGGGCUGAGGGCGAUGGUGGGAGUGAAGCGGGUCAUUGACUACGCGGUGAAGGUGCGGGUGAAGCCAGACAAGUCGGGCGUGGUGACGGAUGGGGUAAAGCACUCCAUGAAUCCCUUCUGCGAGAUUGCCGUGGAGGAAGCUGUGCGUCUCAAAGAGAAGAAGCUUGUCUCAGAAGUGAUCGCUGUAAGCUGUGGUCCACAGCAGUGCCAGGAGACAAUCCGCACAGCCCUUGCGAUGGGGGCUGACCGGGGGCUGCACGUGGAGAUCCCUGCGAAGGACUAUGAGAGCCUCGGCCCCUUCCAGGUUUCGAAGAUCCUGGCUGUGCUGGCCAAGAAGGAGGGUGUCAACCUCUUGUUGCUGGGCAAGCAGGCCAUUGACGAUGACUGUAACCAGACAGGGCAGAUGACAGCAGCGUUUCUUGACUGGCCUCAGGGGACGUUUGCCUCCGAAGUGACGGUGGAUGGGGACUCGCUGAAGGUGGAGCGCGAAGUCGACGGGGGCCUAGAGACGGUGCGUGUGAAGCUGCCGGCCGUGGUGACCACUGACCUACGGCUGAAUGAGCCACGCUACGCCACCUUGCCCAACAUCAUGAAAGCCAAAAAGAAGAAGAUUGAGGUGGUGAAGCCAUCUGAUCUCGGGGUGGACCUUACCCCACGGGUGAAGAUUCUGAGCGUGGAGGACCCUCCCCAGCGCCAGGCCGGCGUCAAGGUGGAGACAGUAGAUGAUCUAAUUGCUAAGCUCAAGGAGAUUGGGCGGAUCUGAGCCCUCACAUGGUUUUGCCUUGCCUGGAGCUGCGACUGUGGGUAGCCCAUUGCUGUUGAGGCAGCUGUGGCCCUUGCGGGGGACUCCUACCUUCUCGCUUCUGUGGGACCCGGUCUCUCUGAGAUUGUAACCAUGCUGCCUUCCAGCCCAGCUGGCCGCCGGAGAAAUCUGAAUGACAAUUUAAUUCUAUUUUCUGUACUAAUGAUGGGCCGGUUUGCAAUAAACGUCGUGUGAUCUUUGGA